GGUGAGGAAAAAAAGAUCCCACCCCUCUAAACUUUACUGUUACUGCUGUUAUCCACCAACAACAGUAUUCAUACAGGUAGUAGACGAGCAGUCCGUCAAGAUCCGCGCGUCACUCUCUCCGCUGGGGCCAUGAAGAGAAGGCUUCAGAAAAAAUACAUCAUCUUGAUUCUAGGAUACUCCGUGGCGCUGAUUUUAAUUCCCUACGUGUUAGAUUACCGGAGCAAAUCGUCCCACAUUAAAGAUGGAUAUCAGCAACAAAAGUGUCCCGAUCUGGACAGCACCAUCGCCCUGUGGAGUAGCACCCGGGUGGGCAACUCAACGGAGGUGGAGGACUAUGGCAACAGGAGUCAGUCCAGAACACACAUAUACCUCCACGCAACCUGGAGGACAGGUUCCUCGUUUUUAGGGGAAUUAUUUAAUCAGCACCCUGAUGUGUUUUAUUUAUACGAGCCCAUGUGGAACAUGUGGCAGGCACUUUAUCCAGGAGAUGCGGGCAGCUUACAGGGAGCAGUGAGAGACAUGAUGAACUCUCUGUUUAGAUGCGAUUUCUCAGUGUUAAAACUCUACGCAGGCUCGUCCAACGUGAGCACCUCGUUUAUUUUCGGCUGGAAAACGAACAAGGUCAUUUGCUCCGAGCCUCUCUGCAAAGCGUACAAAAAACACGAAAUUGGGUUAGUUCAAGGAGACGUGUGUAGCAAAUGCCAGCCCAGAGACCUCAAAGAGCUGGAGAAAGAGUGCAAAAAGUACCCCGUGAUGGUCAUCAAAGACGUGCGGGUUUUAGAUCUCGCGGUUUUGGUUCCUCUUAUACGAGAUCCCGCCAUCAACCUCCAGAUAGUCCAGUUGUUUCGCGACCCCAGGGCUGUGCACAAUUCUCGGAUGAAGUCCAAACUGGCUCUGGUGAAGGAGAGCAUACAGGUGCUGAGGAGCAAGAAGCAGAGCGACAAAUACAAGCGCCUUCUGGUGCCUAGCAACAGGGUCCAUCGAGCCGAGAACUACGUCUCCAGCGCAAUGGAGUUAAUAUGCGACAACUGGCUCAACGACAUGUUGCUCGUAAUGAACGCUCCGCAGUGGGUAAGGAGAAACUACAUACAGCUGAAAUACGAAAACCUGGUGCUCAGACCUGUGGACGAGCUCCAGAGGCUCUAUCGUUUCGCCAACCUCACCCUUUCUCCAGCCAUGGAGAAGUUCGUGGUGAACAUGACCCACGGACAGGGUUAUUCUUCAGAUAAACCCUUCCUCAUAUCAUCCAGAGAUGCCAAAGAGGCAAUUUACGCCUGGAGGGAAAGGCUGAAUGUGGAGCAGGUGAACCAGGUCGAAGCCUACUGCAGUGAGGUCAUGAGACACCUGGGUUAUCAGAAGAGGAACAUGGACAAGACCUAAAACCACCGAAACAUGAGUAUGUGAAGCCUGAUGUGCUGUAGGAACUGGAGGACAGAAGGGGAUAAGCCAGAUAUGAAGCUACACCAGCAAGAACUGACGGAGCUGAGGAGAAACACCCCGAGAUCUCCUUCGCAUCGCCGUCGUGGGGCACAGAGCAUGCGACGGAAGAGUUUGAUAAGAGACACUUACAAACCCACCGAUCUCAAAUGAUACUGACAAGAAUCGUGUAGGAAAAAGACUAACAAUAACAGUGAGGAAACCCGUUCAAAAUGAAACAGCUAUCAAAGGCUCAGUCCCAGUUGUGUCCUGACAGCCAGAUUUCAUCCGCAAUAAUCCAUGCCCAAUCCCCAGCAGCCCAUAAUCAGCCACACGAGACAGGCGCUUGGGUCGUUGCACAUGCACAAGGCCUGGAGACAGAUAUCCCGCAGAGUGUUCUCAGUUCAUUGGGUGGAUUUCAUUAUGAAAACAUUCCUACAUUCAUAAGGGAUUAUGAAUAAUGGACACUCCAAUAUCUGUGGUACCACCCAAAGAAAACUGAAGCACAAAGAACAAUUCAAUGAGCUGAAGAGAUAGAAAACAGGAUGUAGAAAGAGUUUUCCCAAAGGAAAUUCUGACUUCUCUACAACAACUUCCAAGCAACAAGCAUUCCACCUGGUGUGAAAUUUCCCAGUUCCCCCCAGGACAUCACCAGUGUUAUAUUUGUAUGAAGUCUGCACUGGGCUGUUAAACUGUUUAAAGAGGAUAGGAUUGCAAUUUGAAUAGUUAAAAGGGCAGAACGUCUAAUCGAAAACUAAAACACACAAUCAUGCUUUGAGGAUACAGGUAUUAUUGUGCUCUAAUAGAAAUCAUUUUACAGGUCAAAAACACUGACGGACGGUGUUAUCAUUUUGUUCACGUGGUUUUGUCACCUUUUAAAAAACAUUUACUCUAAAGCAUCAUGAAUAAAUGUACAAAUCUCUUAUUUAUUAAUAAAACUUGUACAUACAUUUUUGUAGUAAACACUAGUUUUCUUGUUUUAUUAUUAUAUAAUGACAUAAAAUAAAUCAAAUACCUUAUUUAGGUAUUGCUACUGAAGCCCACUUUAAUAUUUUUGGCUAUUUUCAUACAUGUACAAUUGUUAAACUACAAUGUAUAACAGUUUUGUUGCAUUAUUUCACAGGCUGAGAGCAUCUUUAUGUAUAAUAAUAAUACUCAUAGAAAUGUAAAUGGGGGGGGGGGGUAGCAAUUUGGUGUUUCAUACAUCACAGACAAAAAAAUGGCAGCUUAUGUAUUUCAUUGUUUGUUUAUAUGGCAUAUAUUGACAUGCAAAACAGCAAGUAAAAUAUGAAUGCUACUGGAGGGCGUAACAUAGAAGGUACAUACAAGUCCACCAAUAAUA